AUGUACUCCAUCAGAAGCCUGCCCACCAUGGCAGCCCGUGAGUACCGAGAGGAAGAUGGAGUGGAAGAUAUGACACAGCUAGAGGAGAUGCACGAAGGGGUUGUUCUGCUGAACCUGAGGAACAGAUUUGAGAGGGAGAUUAUAUAUACAUACAUAGGUAGUAUUCUGGUUUCUGUGAACCCCUAUAAGAUGUACAACAUCUAUGGGACGGACAUGGUGCUGCUGUACAAGGGUCAUGCUUUGGGAGAGAACCCUCCGCAUUUGUUUGCCAUAGCAAACGCUGCUUAUUCCAAAAUGAUGGAUGCCAAACACAACCAGGUCAUAAUAAUAAGUGGAGAGAGCGGGUCUGGGAAAACGGGCACCAAACUGGUCCUUCGCUAUCUAGCAGCAAUGCAUCACAAAUGCAAUCUUGCGCAUCAGGUACGCAUCAAGCUGCCUCCUCUGCUGGAAUCUUUUGGAAAUGCCAAAACUGUACGGAACGAUAAUUCAAGUCGCUUCGGGAAAUACAUAGAGAUCUUUCUGGAGGAGUGGAGUAUAGAAUCACUUACUCUGUUUUGGUUGAUCAGUGGUGCCAUAACCUCUCAAUAUCUACUGGAAAAGUCCCGUAUCGUCUUCCAGGCCAAAGAUGAGAGGAACUAUCAUAUCUUCUACGAGAUGCUGGCAGGUCUUCCCUCGCAGCAGAGGCAGGCUUUCUAUCUUCAGGAGGCGGAGACCUACUAUUACCUCAACCAGGGGGGGGAUUGUGGGAUAACAGGAAAGAAUGACGCAGAGGACUUCCUGCGUCUGCUCGCUGCCAUGGAGAUCCUGCACUUCACCCCUGACGACCAGUCGGCCAUCUUUAGAGUUCUUUCUUCCAUUCUGCACCUCGGCAACGUCUACUUCCAGAGGCAUGAGGCCGACGGCCAGGAGGUGGCGUCAGUGGUGAGCGCUCAGGAGAUCAGAGUGGUGGCCGAGCUGCUGCAGAUCUCUCCGGAGGGACUACAGAAAGCCAUCACAUACAAAACCACAGAGACGAUGAGGGACAAAAUCUACACCCCGUUGACUGUGGAAAGUGCUGUUGAUGCCAGAGAUGCUGUUGCCAAGAUCCUGUACUCGCUGCUCUUCCAUUGGUUAACAGAGAGGAUCAACGCUCAGGUGUAUCCCCGCCAACACUCCCUCUCCAUCUCCAUCCUGGACAUUUACGGAUUUGAGGAUCUGACCUUCAACAGCUUCGAGCAGCUUUGCAUUAAUUAUGCAAACGAAUACCUGCAGUCCUUCUUCAACAGGAUCGUUUUCAGGGAGGAACAGGAGGAGUACAGACGGGAACAGAUCCCCUGGCAGGACAUCCCAUUCAGUGACAACCAGCCCUGCAUCGACCUCAUUGCCGCUAAGCCUCAUGGGAUGCUGAGGAUCCUGGACGACCAGAGCUGUUUCCCACAGGCGACAGACCACACCUUCCUCCAAAAAUGUCACUAUCACCACGGCAACAACCCACUCUAUAUGAAGCCAAAGAUGCCCCUCCCAGAGUUCACCAUCAAGCACUUCGCUGGACGGGUCACCUACCAGGUUUACAAGUUCCUUGAUAAGAACUACGACCAGGUCCGUCAGGAUGUUCUGGACCUGUUCAUUCAGAGCAAGAACAAGAUGGUGUCAAACCUCUUCCUGGUUCACGCAGAGGUCACAGGUCAGCAGAGAGGUCACAUGAGGAAAAGCAGCACGGUCACCAGGAGAUACCAAGCACCCACCGUCAGCAACAAGUUCCAACAGUCUCUGCUGGAGCUGGUGGAGAAGAUGGAGAGGUGCAACCCUGUAUUUGUACGCUGCAUUAAGCCAAAUAAUAUGAAGCAACCGGGUGUAUUUGAGGACGAGAUGGUCGGCAGUCAGCUGAGACACUCAGGUGUGCUCGAGACCAUCAGGAUCCGUAGAGAGGGGUAUCCUGUCAGAAUGCCAUUCUACAUCUUCCUGUUCAGGUAUAAGUCCUUGGUGGGGUUACGAGAGCCUCCAGCAGCGAAUGGAGACAACUGUAUAAUAAUGCUCAGCAAACUGUGUCUUCUCCGACCUGGAGACUUCCACGUUGGAGUCACAAAGCUGUUUCUGAAGGAGGACAUCUACCAGUUGUUGGAGUGUAAGCGGGAGCGCUCCCGUCAGCUCGCCGCUCUCACCCUGCAGCGCUACACCCGCAUGUUCUUCGUCAGGAAACGCUUCGUAGCUUUUCGCAGGAAGAUAAUCGGGCUGCAGGCUCAGUGCCGAGGCUUCCUCACCAGGAAGCGCUAUGUGAAAAUGAGGCAGAGUCUGGUUCGGUUUCGCUCUCUCGUCCACAUGUACGUCAACCGCAAGCAAUAUAUCAAGAUGAAGUUUGAAGCCCAGAGGAUAGCUGAGGAGGAGAGAAGGAGGAGAGAGAUGGAGCUGACCAGGAGGGAGGUGGUGAACGUCACACACCUGGUCAUCCCUGCAGAGCUGGGAGCGUUACUGCAGGCAGCCGGAGGUCUGAGGGAGUUGCACUCAGACUGUCUGGCUCUUCUUCAAACUCCUCACAUCCAGGAAGAGGCUCAACUCACCCUGCCUCUGGACAUCAACAACUACCCGUUCUUCCGCUAUGUGCAGAUCUACUUUAGGGAACCAAAGUUUGGGAUGUUGACGGCGCCUCUGGAGUCUCCACUGACCCGUGUGGAGGAGGACCUGAAAGGAGAGGCUCUGCAGCUCUUCAUCAUGGUACUGCGUUUCAUGGGGGACCCUCACCUGAACGGGGCUCAGGAAAACAUGUUUGGGAACUACAUCAUCCAGAGGAGCCUGUCGUCUCCAGGGUUACAGGACGAGAUCCUGGCUCAGGUGGUGAACCAGGUGUGGAGGAACGUGAACUCUGAGAACGCCGAGCGAGGCUGGCUGCUGCUGCUGGCCGGCGUCUGCAGCUUCGCCCCCUCCGCCAGGAUGGACAAAUAUCUGCUCAAGUUUGUUUCUGACCACGCCCCCGCUGGUUGCCAGGCGCUGCUGCAACACAGACUAAUUCAAGCCAAUCAGAAGACACAGCUAGGGUCUGGCUCCACCCCUGAGACUGCACGGACCUAUCCGCUGUCGCUCCUGGAGUGGACGGCCAAUAGGAAGAAGGCUAACAUGGUGUUGCACGUGCACUGCUUUGACGGCGCAUCGUUCCUGUGUCCGGUCCAUUCCUGGACCAGUGGGGAGGAAUUAGCAGGGGACAUACUGCGCCACAGGGGGGUGUCGGACUGGUGGAGGGGGAGUUCAGUCCUGAUGAAGGAGCACGGCCAGUGGGUGGAGUUAGCGGGUCACGACUAUGUGAUGGACCUGAUUUCAGACCUGGAGCUUCCUCCUGACUUCCCAAAGCAGAAGAGCUACUUCAUCAUCAGCAGCAACGACCCGGCCAGAGUCAGAGCCAACACCAGCUUUGCUCUGUUUGGCAGUGGUUUCGAUUCUGAUGAGGAUCUUCCUCUCAGAAACAGCAGACCAGCGUACAGUCUGCCGGACUCUGACGGUUACCACAGCCACGUAGAGUCCGAUGCGUUCAGUGACGGUCAGACUCAUAGAGGGAUGGACCGGUACCUCGACAGUCUGUUCGACCCGGUGCUGUCAGACAGCAGCAUAGACAUGGAAAAGUCUGGACGUUUUUCAGCGAGGAUGAAGGGAGGAGGAGGUAUCGGCAUGACAGGAGGAGGAAGAGGAGAGGGGGAGACCCAACCAGCCCCCAGUCGGCCUUACCCACCAGGGAUACACCCCGGAGCUGUGCCAGUGCUUCCAGUAGCCGGAGGAAUGAUGCCCCCCAUCCCUCCCCCACCCCCUCGCCCUCUCGCACUGCCCCCCCCCGCUGCUGAGUCAGAUAAUGUCGCCUCCCAUUUCUCUGCCGCCCCCCCGGUGGUUCCAGGCCUACCUAUGAUGGCCGGUAUGCCAGGAUCUGAGCACACAAUACUGACUCAACAGCAACAGGCCAUCAUCAACCAGCAAGCUAUCAUUCUGGCCCAGCAGAUGACCAUGCAGGCCAUAGCGAUCCAGCAGCAGAUGUUGGCCGUCUUCCCCCCAGCUGCCCCGGCGCCUCGGUCCCCGCCCGCACAGCAUCACAUGACACAAUACUCCAGUCCUACCAGAGAGAGUGAGGAGUCGCCGUACAAGCCUGCUGCCGUUCAGCGCAAAAUAAGUCCGACCCGUGGCCCCCCUCCUGAGGACGUGGUACGAUCCAGUGCCAGCAACACAGAGCGCAUCGAUCCCAGCCACAACAUCAAAGACAUCAUCAAACAGCAUCAUCCCGCCGACACAACCACUGUUACUGGACCUGCUCCACAAAGGAAAGGUGAUGGAAAGGUGUUUGGGAAGAAGUCAGACCCACAUGAUGAAGCUAUGGAAAUCCUUAGAGAUCAGAUGGCAAACCCCCCACAACCGACUCAAAGGAAGCCUCAAUCCUCCCUACGUAAAGAAGAUGGAGGAGUUAAGGUUACCAAGACGACCAAGUCUCGUCCCGCUGGGCCAACCAGCUCCAGCUUAAGCCCCGCCCCCCCUCCAGUUUCUAGAGAGUUGCCAAUAGAGCAGGAGAUCAUUCAGACUCAACUCCACAGUAGGACCAGUGAUGAAUAUUACACCUACUCCAACGUCCCCUGGAAACUCUACAUGAGGAAAGAGGUUUUCUAUCCUAAAGAGACAUUCAACAGCCCGCUGAUUCUUGACCUGCUCUUCAGACAGGUUGUACACGACACUUUCUCUGAGGCCUGCAUCCGUAUCAGCCAGGAGGAGAGACAGAAGAUGAAAGCUCUAUUUGCUGAAAACAAGGUGGAUCAAGUGUCAGGAACACAUGAUGAGACCGUGAAGAAGAAAGUUGUCACCGUGGCCAGGGACUCAUGGGAGAUUUACUUCUCCCGCCUCUUCCCAGCCUCUGGCAGUGUGGGGACAGGAGUGCAGGUGCUGUCUGUGUCUCAUAAAGGCAUCAAGCUUCUGAAGAUGGUGAGGAAUAGCUCUUCUGCUCCAGACUACUUCAGAGUGCUGAGGCCUUACAGCUACUCGGACAUCCUGUUUGUGUCGAUACCGUCCAAGAACAUGCUGGAGUUCAACCUGAGCAACGAGAAGCUCAUCCUGUUCUCGGCCAAGGCCCCGCAGGUCAAACACAUGAUCGACUACUUCCUCACGGAGCUUAAGAAGGACUCGGAGUACGUGGUGGCGGUGAGGAACUACAUCACGGAGGACAGGACUCUGCUCAGCUUCCACAAAGGAGACAUCAUCAGAGUGCAGCACAUGGACGGGCUGGAGGCCGGAAAACAUUACGGCUGCAUAGUGCGGAAGAAGGUCGUGCUUCUGGAGGAGCUAAAGAGAGACACUCCUGAGUUUGGCUGGCGGUUCGGUGCUGUGUACGGAAAGUCUGGAGUGUUUCCCAGCGACUACGUCCGUCCUGUAGCGGCUCCGGACUUCCUGGUUCUCCCCGCUGAGCGCGUCGAGCCUCGGGACCGACAGGGACGGGUCGCUGCGUCUGCUGCUAUCGCCGUAGCGAUGGGCUCAGCGGUGGCUGCCCAUGAGCUCGACCUCUCCACUGAGGUAGUAAAUGAGAUGUAUGGGGACGGUAUGAGCGCGGAGCUGGACGAUCUGCCUCUGCACGGCGGCCAGUACCAGAUGGCUGAGUUUGCCAAGAAGUACUUCAGAGAGGCGCAGAAGAACAAGAGUGAACAGAAAGCCAAAAAGGGGAAGGAGGGCAGGGAUCCUCAUGACAUGGUCAAAUUCUCCAAGUCUCCAAUCCAGGAGUCUCUGAUUGACUUCUCCGACAGUGGGAUGAACAGAGUGGCUGUGGACAUCUUCGUAGCUAUAAUGAAGUUCAUGGGAGACUUCCCCCUGAAGGGUCAGACUGAACAGGACCUGGUCACCUCCGUACUGAAGUUAAGUGCUGACCAUGGCCUGAUAAAGGAUGAGUCUUACUGCCAGGUGAUGAAGCAAGUGACCGCCAACACCAGCUCCAAACCGGACAGUUGUCAGAGAGGAUGGCGGCUGCUGUACAUCCUGACAGCUUUCUAUCGCUGCUCUGACGUCAUGAAGCCCUUUAUGUUGAAGUUCCUUCAGGACGCCUGUGAGAGUCCAGGGAUGCAGUAUCAAGGUAUUGCCAAGGCAUGUGAGCAGAAUCUGAGGAGGACCUUUCAAUAUGGCGGACGUAUACAGUAUCCCAACAGCAUGGAACUCAAAGCUAUGCUGGCUGGGCGGAGCUCCAAGAGACAGCUGUUCCUCCUGCCAGGCGGGAUAGAAAGACACGUGAAAAUCAAGACGUGUUCUGUUGCUUUGGAUGUCAUCGAGGAGCUUUGCUAUGAGAUGGGACUGCACAGGGUGGAGGCUCUGGAUGAAUACGCCGUCUUUUUGGUCACACACAAAGGUCAGAAUGUGCGCCCUCUGAACAAGCGUGAGUACAUCCUGGACAUCGCCACAGAGGCCGAGCCGGUGGACGCCAGCUACAGUCUGUGGUUCAGGAGAGUGAUAUGGAGCAUGGCUCUCAAACUGGACAACGAACUCUACGUCACCAUGCACUAUAACCAGGUGUUGCCAGACUAUUUGAAGGCGUUGCUGAGCGUGGUUCCUCAGGCGAAGGCGAGCGACCAGCAUAUGCAGCAGAUCGCCAGACUGGCUGCUCUCCAGCACCGUGCCAAGGACACUGUCUACCUGCCCACCUUGCGUGACGUGCAGGAGUGUGUCCCUCCACAGUUCUACAGCAAACAGGGCUCCCAGCACUGGCUGAACAUGACGACUCAGCACAUGCAGCAGGUGCAGCCCUUAAACCCAAACCAGGCUCGAGCACAGUUCCUCGGUCUGGUGAGUGCCUUCCCCAUGUUCGGCUCCUCCUUCUUCUACAUCCAGAGCUGUAGCUCCGCCUCCAUCAGCGCGCCGUGCAUCCUGGCCGUAAAUCUGAACGGACUGCACUUUCUCAACAAGGACACUCAUGAGGCCAUGGUGCGUUUCCCUCUGAAGGAAGUCCAGUCCACUCGCACUCAGAGACCAACUUCAGGCUCCAGCUAUCCGUACGUGGAGAUCAUGAUAGGAGACCUGCUCAACCAGCGAAUCACACAACUGCAGCUGGAGCAGGGCUUGGAGCUGUGCCGAGUCAUCGCCAUGCACAUGGAGAACAUGUUAUCAGUCAGAGAAAAGAGACUCACUUUGCCACCAAGUGAAAUCACCUUGCUGUAA